AACGUACCAAUAGCAUUACUUUCCUCCUUCAGACAAACGUACUUUUGUCCUGUGACAUUUUAUUUUGAAAGCUAGAUCAACCGGAAACGACAGUCCUUAUUGACUCUAGGUUCAACUGCGCUCAACCCGCUGAAAUUCAAAGUUUGACGGGAAAGGGAGCGGUGUCAAAAUACCACGCAACUCUCACGCUGUUAAUAUGGAUGUGGACGACAGCACAGGGACAUCAGGUCCCUUAAAGAGACAAAGAGAACCAUUCUCCGAUAUCGAGGAAAAUGUGCCCAUAUCUGACGGGAAAGAUGAGCAGAAACGAAGACGCCUGGAGUCGUCCAGCCAGGAAAACUGGAGUCCCAAGCCAUCAUCUCUGGGCCGGUCCCUGGAACUGGAGGUCAAACCAGACACCCCUGCCCUACCGUCUGUCCGGCAGCUCAUCCAGAGGCGUGAAGGAAUGCCCCCGCUGGCCCAGAGGUUCCUGUCUGAUCCUGGUUACCAGGUGACGUCCUUCGCCCUCCUCACUGGCAGGGAGGAGUUACAGGCGACCGGCAGCCACCAGUCCAUCCCACGGCCAUCUUACACCCCCCGUAACCGAUCCAGCCUCCAGGAAGACUGCAAGGCUGGGACCAAUCAGGUGAAUGAUGGCAGCUUCACCGAAGUGGCUGUCCCUGCGCAGUCCCCUAAGGAUGGAAGCCUGGACCACACAGGCAGGGAGGAGUUACAAGCGACCGGCAGCCACCAGUCCGUCCCACGGCCAUCUAACAGCUGCCCCCGUAACCGAUCCAGCCUCGUCAUUGACAUGCAUCAGAAACUGCAGAGCAGCGUGACUCCCAGCUCCAAGCAAGCCUCUCGCAUACGCCAGGAGAGGGAGGAGGAGCUCCGCCUCCUAAGGUCCCAGCCAAUCAGUGAUAAUGCCUGGCUGAAGAGAAGCUACUCUGACUCCUCUCUAGCUAAGGUGGGUACCUCCCACUCCACCCCAUCCUUCAGCUGGUUGGUUGGGAGGGGCAAGAUGCAUCUAUGGCCUCCACUACAGCCCAGUGACCAGGAAGACUGCAAGGCUGGGACCAGUCAUGUGAAUGACGGCAGCUUCACCGCAGUGGCUGUCCCUACGCAGUCCCCUGAUGGAGUGGAGGAUGGAAGCCUGGACAACACAGGUGAGGGGAGAACAUCUUCAGCUCAGAUGAUUCAUGCCUCUGUUCCAGAGGCAGUGCUAGUUGAGACAGACACUUCACCGAUCCACCAGCGGGGGGCAGCAGAGACAGAGAGCUUAGUGGAAGUGAAGGCCACCACAGCUGGUGAGAUCCAGGGUGAAGUUGAUGCUUGUUCAGAGGCAGAACAGAAAGAGGCAGAGCCGGUAACCUCAGAUACAGACCAUGGAGACCUGGUGCUGCAUGCUACGGAGCAGGCAGGAGAGACCCCCAGCAGUGAGGAGCAGGCAGGAGAGACCCCCAGCAGUGAGGAGCAGGCAGGAGAGACCCCCAGCAGUGAGGAGCAGUCAGGAGAGACCCCCAACAGUGAGGAGCAGGCAGGAGAGACCCCCAGCAGUGAGGAGCAGGCAGGAGCGACCCCCAGCAGUGAGGAGCAGGCAGGAGAGACCCCCAGCAGUGAGGAGCAGGCAGGAGAGACCCCCAGCAGUGAGGAGCAGGCAGGAGAGACCCCCAGCAGUGAGGAGCAGGCAGGAGAGACUCUUAGCAGUGAGGAGCAGCCAGGAGAGACCCCCAACAGUGAGGAGCAGGCAGGAGAGACUCUUAGCAGUGAGGAGCAGCCAGGAGAGACCCCCAACAGUGAGGAGCAGGCAGGAGAGACUCCUAGCAGUGAGGAGCAGGAGGACAUGAUUAAAGAGCAGACAGGAGAGGCUCCUAGCAGUGAGGAGCAGGAGGACAUGUUGGAGGAGCGGGCAGGAGAGACCCCUAGCAGCCAAGAACAGGAUGAGGAGACAGGAGAGGCCCCCAGAGAGGAGGAGCAGAUAGCGGAGGUCCAGUCAGUGAGCAGCAGUCUGAAGAAGGUGGGGUUUGUCCUGGAGCCAGAGCUCAUCAAUGACUCUGCGGUGCAGUCUGAGCCGGACUCCUCUUACGACUCCUCUAGGGAAGAUGCUAUGUCAGAUUUCAGCUCCCACGAUGAGACCAACACGGCUGAGAUGAUCGACCAGAUGUUUGAGGAGGUGCUGGAGAUGGCCACAGGCGGCUGUCAGGAGGAUCACGACAGCGGCAUAGCAGCCGGCUCUACAGAGAAGGACGUGAGGGAACCCCUGCCUGAUGAGGAGGAGGAGGAGGGAGAGGAGGGAGAGGAGGAGGAGGAGGAGGAGGAGGAGGAGAGAAGGGAUGUGGACACCAGUGGAGAUGAUCUGACCUUCCCUCCUAGUGGGAUCCUCUCACCCCUCGGCAAGUCUGUGGAGGCUGUGGUCACUCCCAUGAGACUGGCUGCCAGCCAGCUGUCCAAUCCUGCCUCGCUGCUGUUGACCCCUAAGGAGCAGACCACCCCACCUCCAGAUACUGCUCCUCUCUACAGCAUCGACGCCUACCGCACCCAGAGUCAGAGCACCAAGCCGGACAUUGUAAUUGUGACUCCAGGGGUACAGAGGCAGAACCCAGACAAGACCCAGACCAAGCCAUCUAUCAACACUAAGGAAAGAAUCCUGGCUCUAAACGAGGAGGCGGGGAAGUUGCAGACUGUGAUCAGCCAGACGCUGCAGGCUCUGGGCUGCUGUACGGACGAGGUGCACGGGAGGGGCUCCCUGGAGGAAGCAGAGGCCGAGAAACUUCUAUUGGUCUCCUGUGAGAAGAGGACAGCUCUCCUGGCGGAGGUUGCUCGACUGAAGGAAUCGAGUUCUGAGGUGCCCAGGGCCGGAGGUGGUGAUGUGGACUCCAUUACCCAGGUUCCCUGUAGGGGCACGGUCAGCAUCAGCAGCGUCCAGCUCCCCCUCAAGGUGGAGUUUGUGUGCUCCGCCCGGAACCGCACAGGCCGGCCCAGCCACUUCUUCUUUGUCCUGAUUCGCUAUGGAGCCUGUGACAUCGUUGCAACACCAUUGGCCACGGCAGCUAAUGCCAUGAACGGUGACACCAUCUCCUUCUCCACCUCCAUCACCCUGAAGGACAUUCGCUCAAACUUUGAGAUAGAUGUGGAAGUCUACAGCCUGUCUCAUACAUCUGGGAACGCCUGUCCUGUGGAGCGAAGCACUGCCAAGUCACGAGUCACCCCGAGGAAGUUACUGAACACCUUCUCAAAGUCCAACCACAGCGGGCCAUCCUCCGGGCUGCCCGCCAGGAGCGCUCGACGCUCCAGUAACUUCAGUCUGGUUGGCUCCCACAAGAUCACCCUGGACUCCCUGGGCCAGAACAAGUUCCCCCUGGACAAGAUGAAGUUUGAAGGCAAAAUCCGGAAGCUUCUGGGAGAUGAGUUUCAGGAAAAGGUUCCCUUCCUGUCUCCUCUGGAGGGAAGCAUUUACCUGCGUCUGGACAGCGAGGGGCACUCCAACGUCCAGCACCAAGGCUUCUUGACCAUGUUCGAGGUGGUGAAUGAGUUUGGGGCGUGGCACCGCCGGUUCUUUGUCUUGAAAGGCGGCCACAUGUUCUACUGGAACCACCCCAACGACCAGGGCAGCAAGGUAGCAGAGGGCAGCAUCUCCCUGUCCAGCUCCUCCAGCCAGAGUGUGAAGCCCGUCAACAGGGACUCCUGUGCCCGACCUUUCACCUUUGAACUGGUCAGCAACAUCCAGACCCAGCAACAGGACGGCCACAGAUCUCUGGCCAAGUGCUGGUUCUGUGCGGACACGCGGCAGGAGCGGGACGAGUGGAUGAACAAGCUGAACCAGGUUCUGCUGGACAUUCAUACCUGGAGCCACACCAACAGACAGGCCAAGAACCCUGCUUCUAGCUCGGAGAAGAUGAGGGAGAGCAUUCUCUAGUCCAGUGACGCCCACUUCACCCAUACGCAAUACCGCGCUUUAUCGCCUAUACAGUGAUUAUAGUUGGGAGUUUUUGAUUUGAGGUAAUCUGCCUUUUUGUUAUGGGUAAUUAACCUAACCUUUAUGAUCGAGUUUUGAUUUCUCUUGAGGCUUAAAUUGGAACAAUGUUAGAUUAUAUAUAAAAGUAUACAGGACUAUAAUAUUCUUUCUUGGUUUUGAACUGGUUAUUUGAAUGUAUACUCACCAUGUGCCAACAGAAUGUAAGCUAGAGCGACACUAACAUGACUAACGCAGAAACAGGGUUCAGAUAAACACUAAGUCUACAGCCUCUGUCAUAUAAGAGUUCAAUUUAAAAACAGAGGCUAUGACAGAUAACAAAUUCAACCUGUUUGGAUGACUAGCACAUGGACAUCGUUAGUAAGAGGACUGCAAGUCCGGGAGGGGGGCAGGUUGAAAAUAUGGACUGUAUUUUCUGGUGUUCCCAUCUCUCAAGUGCCCCCAGUAGUCUUUAGUUGUAUAGGGUCAAGACGAUGGGAAGGGGGUAACCCUGGCCCAGCCCUUGACGCCUGGGAUAGCAAUGGCAAGGAUGUAUAAGGGACCUUAAUAGAUUCAGAUAGUCUGAAAUCUGUUCUUAAUUAAGCCUAGCCCUGAGGCAGUCUUGCCUCGAGGCAGCGCUGCCUCGGGCACCUGCAGACGGUGAAGAUGAAGGAGCCGCUGUGUAAAGUCUUCCUUGUAUUUACUGGUGUUCUUUUCAAUGUUAUUGACUGUACUUCUGCCAUAUCCUUUCUCUGUAUGUGUGUGUGCGUGUACAUUUAUAUGGAUGUUAUUCAUGUAUAUUCUAUGCACUUGAUAUAAGGUACUAAGUAAUAAGUAGAGAAUAAAAUGGCUAUAACACAAAUGGCACAUCAUA